AUGGAACAAACCUCACAAGACACAUACUACUCAAGCGGCCCAGGCUCACUCAAUAAAAUCACACCACGAGCUCUCCUCAACCUCUCAUCCGAAAUCGUGGAACAUAUCAUUUACGCUCUGUGCCAGUCUUGCCAGUCGUGCGAUCACGGCUGCGAGCCUACAGUGGCCGGGCGUGGUGCCCUCGAGAACGUAAGCUUGACAUGCAAAACGUUUCGGUACCUUGUCGCACCACACUUGCGACAUACUUUCAGCUUAUAUCACAAGCGCCUCUCGGAUCCCAUCACCUACGAUGCCCUGGUUCGCCAGCGAGAAAUCCAGCUCGACAUCAUCGUCGAGUGUUCUCACUCGUCUCAAGGACGCCAAGAUUCACUUCCCCGCUUCCAAGUCUGGCCUGUCUACAAGUCGAUCAAGAGUCUCCGAUUUCUCUGCGCUUGCUCUGCAGAAGGCCAGGCUGUAUCAACUGACCUUACUCCCGCGUGGGGUGGCAGUCAACUGAUUGGCAAGCUUCCGAAUAUCACCAGUCUUCAUAUUCACGGCAUCACACAACUCAAGUUCUUCAACGAUCCCGUGCCCUGUCACGGUUACCCAACCUUGGUUCAUCUCAGACGCCUAAAGCUAACAAACUGCCGAUUCAUGUUCGCAACUUCUUUCAGCCUCCUGCUUGAGUGCUGCAGAUCGCUAGAGGUCUUCAUCUUCAGUCGGGACGAGUCCCCCGACGGUAGCAUCAUCCAAGAGCUGAGUUGGAACAACUGGAACCUCGAUUUGGAGAUCACCCCACGUCAAAUAGUUGAUCAAAUCAGCAUAAAGGUACCUAAAGCCCUGAAGUAUUUGGUUAUCGGACUAUGGUUUGGGUGGGAGGGUCAGUGCGCACCGACGCAUGUGUAA